GGAAUGGGCCGAGGGCCGUGCUCCGGGCGCAUAGGGAGGCUGCGGAGGUGAAGCCUCUGCUCCCUCGCCCGGCGGGAUGGAGGCUCUUGGCGCCGCAGAGGACGUGUUUUAUGACGAGGAGGAGGAGGAGGAGGAGGCGGCGAACUGCUACGAUUUCGAGCCUCUGCCGACGCUGCUGGAGGACGAGGAGAAUGUGUCCCUUGCUGAUAUUUUGUCACUGCGGGAUAGCUGUCUUACUGAGCAAGAUAUUUGGGCAAUUUGCCUGGAGUGUUGCCAUUCUCUGAAGAGCAUUGCCCAUUCUGCAAUCUUCCAGACACUCUGCAUCACUCCUGACACUUUGGCUUUUAACACCAAUGGCAAUGUAUGCUUCAUGGAACAGCUCAGUGAUGAUCCAGAGGGUGCCUUUGUUCCACCAGAAUUUGAUAUCACCGGUAACACUUUCGAGGCACACAUCUACUCUUUGGGUGCAACACUGAAAGCAGCAAUAGAAUAUAUAGUAGAACCUGAGACAGAAUCAGAAUUUGGCCAAGAUCUGCACACUCUACUGGAACAAAUGCAAGAAGAGAAUCCUGAAAAUAGGCCAGAUAUUGAGAGCAUUUUGUCAUUAUGUGAAGAAAAAAUGAAGAUUGCCUCCUCAAGUAAUAUUUGUCGAAGCCUCUCUGCUGUUGGAAGAAGAGUUCUUUCAAUUGAAUCAUUUGGUGCUUCUCAAGAUGUCUGUGAUAGCAUGUGGAAGGGAAGAAUGUGUCAGAGAAGCUUGGGAUCUAAAUUGUAUUCAAAUGAGAAAAGCAACAUAGCAGGUGAUUCGUCUGCAGUGGAAGAUGUGACGACUACCUGUCAUAACAACUCUUCUAUAGUUACCAUGGUGACUGGCAGAGAAAGUGGUUUAAAGGAAAUGCAAAUUGAUCUGGAUAAUGAGAAAACUCAACAUUCUCAACUUGCAACUCAAACUAAAAAGAGCAAAGAAGAGGACAAACACGCAGUGUAUACUGACAGCUUUGCUAGUGUUGCUUUGGAUAUAAAAUCAUGUGUUUUUGACCUGGAGAGAGAUGGCAUUUUUAAGAAAGGUUCUUUGAGAAAAAUUAAAACCUUUCCAAAGCUACCACUUGAACCUGCAGAUACAAAUAACUUUUUAACAUCUGUAACCAACAGUGGACCACUAGCUAGGAAAAAUCACUUUCUAAAACAAGAGUUACUACCUCUAGACAAUAAUAACGAGGUUGCUUUUUCAAAGGGAAAUCUUAAUUCAUUUGCUAUUAGUAGUCCACCAGAAACAGAACCAAAGAAUCACCAGGUUGAUGAUCGUCAUUUAGAAGCUCCAUGUGUAUGCACACAGGUGUCUGGCUUGAAUCUAGAAGAACACAUGUCACUUAUUAAUGGUAAAAAGAUAGGUUUUUCUUCAUCUGAUCACAAAGAAGACUGUUCUGGUGCUACCUGUCAAAUGCUAACACCAGCUGGUAUGCUAAAAGGCCCAAAUCAGUCAAUUGCUGGAGCAAAAAUGCUAGACAAUUACCUGGCAUUGGAAGACUCUUCUGAAACUUUUCAAGGGUCAAAUGAAAAUUAUGUACCACAUUUUAACAAGAUGGAUUCAGUGUUAACAACAAAGCCCAGUGGGAACAGACAUGGAUCAAACCUAAUUAGGUCACCAGAAUUAAGCAACGGUGUGAUGAGUGCAAACAAUAAUGAAGAUAAUCUUUGUGGAGGCAGAGGUUCAGAAAUCAAAAGUAAUGAGCAGGUAGUAAAAAUAAAGUCUUCAUUAUAUAGUUGCUGUAAACCACAUGGAUGAAAGGAUUUUGCACUCUGGGGUUUACAAGAACAGAUACUUAUUAUGCCUUGCCCUUUUGUGAUUUGUUUUCCAGUGGUCUUAUGUUUGGACUCCGUGCUGAUUGACUGCCAUGGAAGUAUCCUCUUUUCUGCUCCAAAAGGUGAAGAAUCUUGUGAUGUAUUUUAUUUAGCUCCUGAAAUUGACGAAGAGGAUGUAGAUACUGAGAAGGUCUGCAUUUAUGGUGUUGCUGCAGUUCUGUGGAUGGCUGCAAAAUACAGUGUUCCACCAGGUCAUAAACUAGUAUUACCACGAAAAUUAAAAAAACUACUUCUGGAUAUGGCAAGAAAAAUCCCUGAUGAAAGACCUUCUCUUGCUGCUGCAAUUAAGACAUGCAAUCAUUACUUACUUGAACAAGGUAUAAACAGCAAAAAUAUUUUGGUCUUAUUGAGUAAAUCUGUCUUUAAGGGUGUUGAGGAAGAAGUCUUAUCCCAAGAUCAUGUUGCUUUUGAAUUGAAAAAUGAAAAGCAUGAAAUAGAAACAGACUCUUCAGAGUCAAGUCUAGGAUUUGUGCCUUUUACCAGUGAAAGUAAACUUGUAGCAGUUAAAGGACCAGUGCCAUGCCAGAUUUCACUAAAUUGUGAGAAAGCUAAAUUACCUGUUGCAUUCACCUCUCCUGCAACUCACUUUAAGCCUAUUAUUCUACAACAAGAUGCAAAUAUAACAAAAGAAGUUCACACACCAGUUUCUGAACAAUUCAAGAAAGAGAAAAGAAAAGAAAACCAUAUGGACCACAACAACUCAGGAUAUGCAGAAGACUCUGAACGCUGUGGUAUUGAGUACACAGAUGUUGUUGAAAAGGCACCUGAAACACCUGAGUGUGAUUUACAAGUUCCAGGCCACUCAUUCCAGUUAUCUGCAGAAGAGCAAACAUCAGGCAAUAUGUUUACUUCUUCGGUUACAUUACCAUCACCGUCUGAUUCCUCACAUAUUCUACAAGGAAAGAGCAUGUUAUCUGAAGAUCCUUCCAGCUCCUUAGCUUGUCCUACAUCUCCUAAUUUUCUUCAUAUAAAUAACAUCAUUCUCAAACAGGACUCGGAGAGAAGAGUGUUGACAUUUGUACCGGUACAUUUAGCUGUAUCAGAGCAAAUACAAAAUAAGCCUCUUCGUUCAAGAAUUGCUUAUGAUUGUUAUCACAGUUUGCCAGUGUUACUUUCAAGUACUAUUGCAAGUUAUAAAAUGAGCAUGCAAACAGAAGAUGCCUCCCUUGGUAAUGUGCAAAGUCAUGAGACUACUAAUACACAGAACGAGUUUGAUAAAAGCCCAGUUACUCAAACCAACUGCCAAGAAACUGAGUGUGCUACCAAUGUAGACAGUAUUUUCACUGAACAAGAGCACACACCGUGUACCUCAGUGAAUAAAGACAAUUAUAAUUUCUUUGAUGAUAAAGUUCUACCCCAUCAGAACAGAAUAAGUGAUGAUUUGCUUCAGAAAGUGAUUCAUCUUAUACAAGAGGAGUUUGCAUUUGAUGGCUAUCUAGAGAAUGGAGUUGAGGUUUUUGAUAUGGGUAACUUCAUUUUAAACUUAAAGGAAAUGAAGUUUGGUGUGUUCUCUGAUAGAAUUUGUGAGAAGUUUUGUGACCUAUAUUGGGAUGAAAAAUUACUGGAGAAUCUCUAUAAGGUAGUAAAUGGAGAAAGAUCUUCACACUUAUGCAUAACUGAGGCAAGUGAUGCAAAUUGUGGCAAAAUAGUCCAAGAUCUGAAGAAAUCUGAAAGCUUUUUGGCAAGCAGUGACCAGACGAAGGAAAAAGGGGAAGCAAAUCUUGAUGUGAAGGCUGAGACUCUGAUAAAUACAUCAUUAGCUGAAAUGGAUUUUGAUGAGUCACUUUCAGACAAUAUCAAAAAAGAAUUGAGACUGCAGAGUACUAUCCCCACAGAGAAAGAGGGACAAAGUCUGCAAAGCAACAGCUGUUGUAUUGGUCCAGACUUGGCAGAAGAAAAUACAGGGCCAGAGGAAGAAGCCAUGAUAAAGACAGCUGGAAACAGCUACCUAGCAUCUCCCAGUCUACCUGACUUAAAUGGUUGUAGUCCUGGUUGGAGCAGUGCCUUUUAUGGAGCUGAAUGUUUUGAUUCAGAAGUUCAUAGUUACUUGAAAAACCUUGGAAAGCAGAAAUCAAGUGAGUCACAAAAUAUAGAUGCUAAAAAAGUGGAACUAGAACAAUUGCUAAUGAUGGAAACAAAAAAUUACAGAAAGACUAUAAAGUUUUACCAGAAACUAUUGCAGAAAGAAAGAAGAAGCAAAGGUUCUGAAACUAAAUCUAUGUUGCCCAAAUUGAGAGGACAGCUACAGGAGAUGAAAUCAAAAGUGCAAUUUCUUGAACUGGUAAAGAAAUAUGUUCAGAUGAUGUAUGCAGAGCAGUGGGGUGUGGAAUCCUGUGUUCUGCCUAUAGUCAUUCACAACGGGAAAACUGACACCAUGGACAUGGCACCUAUGGAUGAAUCGUCAUUGCUUCUUUACUAUAACACAGAGAAACACCAGUGUAAUAAUCAAAAUGGAGUAAGAGUUCUGCAGGCUGGUACACCACUUGGUUUAAUGGCUUAUUUAUAUUCUAGAAAUGCAUUUUUAGAAGGUUAUGUACAGCAGUUUCUCUACACCUUUCGCUAUUUCUGCACACAAGAAGAGUUUUUGCAGUUUCUUCUUGAUAGAAUCAGCAGCACUUUAUCCAGUGCAAGCCUGGAUCCUUCCACAUCACUUACCAAAAUAUGUAACCGCAGUUUCUACAUCCUGCAGGCUUGGAUUGAAGACUGCUAUAGUGUAGACUUUGCAACAAAUACUGGUCUUCUGUGUACCCUAAAAGAAUUUAUUUCUUCCAAGGUUGCUUCAUUAAAUGGCUAUGGUGAGAGAUUGUUGUCAUUGCUUGAGGAUGCCUCUGCCAGGAAAAGUGGCAGUGCUGAUCAGUGCUCCAGCAUGGACAAAUGUGAAGAGGAAGGUGAGGAGGGCAGAAAAACAUUACAUUCCCUAUGUAAAAAGCUCUCAGAAGACGUUUCCAGAAAGAACUUUUACUGGAAACUAUCCAAAGGUGUGGGACCAAUUGCACAACAUCAGAGAGGGCGGCUGCACGCUAGUUCAGCGGUUUUGCCAAAGCCAUGCAGUGUAACAGAAGCUAAAGUGGAUGCAGUGGGACCGUAUCUCUUAACAGAGUACAGUGCACAGCAGCUUUGUUGGCAGCUGACAUUACUGCAGCAGGAAGUAUUUCUAAAGUGUCAUCCAGUACACUUUCUAAAUUCAAGAGCACUUGGUGUUAAAGACAAAUGUGUUGCUCUGCAAAAGGCAGUUUCUACUGAGACAGUUUCACUUAAAGUCUGUAAUCUGUUUCUGUCGAAGUGCAUACAAGACCAGUAUCUUCUGCAGUUAUUAAGAAAUGCAGACAGUAUCAGCACCUGGGUUGCUGCUGAAAUUGUAACAUGUCACACGACUAAGCGGCAGGUGAGCUUGCUGUCAAAAUUCCUUCUUAUAGCAAAAUACUGCUAUGAACAAAGAAAUUUUGCAACUGCAAUGCAAAUCCUAGCAGGCUUGGAAAAUCUUAUUGUACGACAGUUACCAGCCUGGAAAAUUUUACCUGCAAAAGUAGCUGAGAUAAUGGAGGAACUCAAAGCUGUUGAGGUGUUUUUAAAAAGUGACAGCUUAUGCUUGAUGGAAGGAGACAGAUUCAAAACUCUUCCAACAAUUCCAUCAGCCCAUGUUUUGGCUAUGCAUGUCCAACAACUUGAAACUGGAGGAUUUACGAUGACAAAUGGAGCUCACAAGUGGACUAAACUUAGAAAUAUUGCAAAAGUUGUGAGCCAAGUUCAUGCAUUUCAAGAGAAUCCUUAUACGUAUACACCAGAUUUCAAGCUGCAGUCUUACCUCAGACAAAGAAUAACUCAUUUUAAAGAUGCAGACAUUUCUGCCUUGGCAGCUGACAACUGUGCCAACUUCCACCAGAUACCAGCAGAAAAACAUGCUCGAAAAAUUCAGGACACACUGCGCAGGAUGAAAGCAACAUUUCAGUAAUUAUUUAUGUUUCGUCUGUUCUAUUCUAAGUCUUGACUGUAAAACUGGUUUUAAGUUGACUUCAUCUACUGGACCAAUUCCCAAGCAAAUACUUAAGAGAAGUGACUUAAAAUACUAUCUCAAGUUGAAAUUAUUAUGUUUCUUAACGUGGAAUUAUAAAAUGCUGACUAAUCAGAUUUAAAUCACUGGCAACAUGAUGGCAGAUCAGAAGAAUAAAAAUAGACAUAAAAGUAAAGGGAGAGUAUAGAUGAAAAGGAUUGUUACUUUUGUCACUAUUCUUUAGCGUAAAUAAAUAAUUAGCCUGAAAACAAAUAUCUAAAAAAUACUGUGGAAAUAAGUUAAAAUUACACUUCUGUUGAGAAGUUGGACUAGGAGAGCUCGGAGUAUAGUUCAUUAAAUGUUGAAUAUAUUUUUAUAUAGACAUACUACAAUUAUAUCCUGUCACAGCAUGCAUUUAAUUCAUGGACCCAGAUCUUCUGUUAUUCAUUGACCGUUGGUGUGUCUUGCUUUUAUGUUGAGUAUUAUGAAAAUACUGACUUAAUUAAUUGACUGUCUAUUUCUUGAAGCAUACUAAGGAAAGAGAAGAAUGCUAUCUUUCAACUUUGUUUUUUGUUUGGCUUUAAUGUCAUUAGACUAACCUGUUUCCAAAUGGAAGUAAGAUCUGAAUCCAAGUAAUACCAGUUUGUUGCUCUGCUUCUGCACUCAUGGCAUUGUGAAGACAGUAAAUGUGAAAUUGUUUUUUAAUCUGUAUUUAUCAUAAGAGUCACUUGGCCAAUUUAUGUAUGUCUGUAUGUGUGCACAUUUGACUGUGGCAUUUGCUCCUGAGGUUGCUUUUGUAGUUGCAACACUCCAGCAGCAUUUAAUAGAAGAUAACUGUGUGAAAUUUGGACCUGCAACCUGUAAAACUUUGGUGCUAACCUAGUCAUAGAGCUUAUAAAGACCUUCUAAAUGACAAUGAAAUGGGUUGCUAUUGCUA